UAAGUGCAUCUUGCUGCUAAAAAUGAGAUUGCUUCUGCUUUCUGUCUGAGAGCCUGGGAGUCCAGACCUCCAGGCAAGGGGAGAGAGUCUUGAGAAAGGCCAAGUUGUAGCCAAGUUGUUGAAUGUCUUUCUCGAGGGAGUCUUGGACCUGAUUGGCUUCAGGAAAGUGGAAAUCCGAGUUGAAGGAGAGGAACUCUUGGAGUGGACAGAGUUCAAUAAGAGUGAAGCACUGUCUCUGCAAGUUUGACAGCUCUGAACCUGAGCAGGUCCUCUCCCUGCCAGAAGGACAAGGCUAAAUGUGAUAUCCUUGGGCAGGCAGGCAGAAGUGAGGCAUACACCUCAAGCAGAAAUUCUUCUCCCCCUCGAAUAAGAGCAUAUUCAGGCCGUACUGCUGGGGAGCAUCAGGGCAACUUUACUAAACAUGGAAGUUCCAAUCAGCCCUGGUCCAGUCCAGCCGGGGGGAAUGAUGUCAUUGUCACGUGUUCCCCACUGAGGCAUAAAAGCCUGCUGGGUGCCGGUGCUACUUAAGUGCCAUGUUUAGACAAGAGCGGUAACCUGGCCAGCUGGUCCCCAGCUGCAUUAACUUGUUGCUUUUCAAGCCUUCUCUGGAGGCUCUUGGUGCCUUCUGGCUGCCUCUGUGCCGGCUCUGAGUGGGGAAUCCCCAGGCUUCCUUGAGGAUGGAGGAAGCCCCAGGGCAGUGGACGAUAUUAACGGACCUGACGAUGACUCUGAACCAUGUCACCAUGCGCCAGGGCACGGCGGGCGUGCAGCCGCAGCAGCAGCGCUGGAGCAUCCCCGCCGACGGCAGGCAUCUCAUGGUCCAGAAGGAGCCCCAGCAGUACGGCCAGCGCAGCCGUCCCCCUGCCGCCCCGGAGGACCCCUGCCGCCGGAGCUGGUCCUCCGACUCUACGGACUCAGUCAUCUCCUCUGAGUCCGGAAACACCUACUAUCGGGUGGUUCUCAUCGGGGAGCAGGGGGUGGGCAAGUCCACUCUGGCCAACAUCUUUGCGGGUGUCCAUGACAGCAUGGACAGCGACUGCGAAGUGCUUGGAGAAGAUACAUAUGAACGAACACUGAUGGUUGAUGGGGAAAUUGCAACAAUUAUCCUCCUGGACAUGUGGGAGAACAAGCAAAGGGACUCUGGGAUACACACGUUCCCUCUUUCAAACGGACACCUCAUUCAACCAGGCAGAUCUGAGCUCAUGGAAGACCUUGUCCUUUAUCAGGGGGAGAGUGAGUGGCUACAGGACCACUGCAUGCAGGUGGGCGAUGCCUACCUGAUCGUCUACUCCAUCACGGACCGAGCCAGCUUCGAGAAGGCGUCCGAGCUGCGGAUUCAGCUCCGCAGGGCCCGGCAGACCGAGGACAUCCCGAUAAUCCUGGUUGGCAACAAAAGUGACCUGGUGCGGUGCCGGGAAGUGUCCGUAUCAGAAGGGAGAGCGUGUGCCGUGGUGUUCGACUGCAAGUUCAUCGAGACUUCUGCGGCCGUCCAGCACAACGUCAAGGAGCUGUUUGAAGGCAUAGUGCGGCAGGUCCGCCUCCGGCGGGACAGCAAGGAGAAGAACGAGCGGCGGCUGGCCUACCAGAAGCGGCGGGAGAGCAUCCCCAGGAAAGCCAGGCGCUUCUGGGGCAAGAUCGUGGCCAAAAACAACAAGAACAUGGCCUUCAAGCUCAAGUCCAAGUCCUGCCACGACCUCUCGGUGCUCUAGGCACCCAGAGUCACCCGCUGUCCCGCAGAGGACAUCACUGAAGGCCACUGGGACCCAUAAUCUAUAUUAGAUUGGAUUCUUAAGUAUCGUUAGAUGUGGCUUCCCCUAUUGUAGCUGGGAACUAACGUGCUAGCCUGCUGGGCAAUGUACGCAUGGGAAAUGAAAGAGCUUCGUGAGGAGUCAGUAUUCAUCUACAGGAAGAGCCUGACCUUUGCUGUUUGAACACCCAAGACUCAUUAAAGGGCGUGGUCGGGGUUCACAUGUGUUUCUUCUCUCCUUUGGCCGAUAGAGAAUCGAAGCCUACCGAAGAAUGCCUGGACAAGAACUUUUCCUUGUUAAAAUUUUGCCUGGUGUUCUGAUAUGUGAAUUUGAGGCCAAUCAGUCUGUCAUAGGCAAAUAUAGGAAAGCUGUCAAAGGAGUUUUGCAAAGGAAAGAGAACGUCUGUCUUUGUAGCUUAUAUUUGUGGAGCUAGAACUGCAUAACUGGGUCCAUCAUGCUCAUUGCUGUCAUUGCUCCGUGAAGCUGUGAGAGAUGAUGGACUUGCUGGAAACGAAAGCUUAGCAAACCAUUUUUGUUCAAUGCCCAUAGCUGAUGAUCCAGAAAUCUGUACAAUUUGGAAUUGAUACAUGUACCACUUAUGGGUUCAAAAAUUGUGUAUUUACUAUUGUGUCUUAUAUUUUUUUAUUUAGAGGAAAAUUAUUUUAAUCAGAUUCUAUUUAGCCAAACCACAUUUUCUGUUGCAUUGUUUUUAAAAUCAUGGGGCCAUCAUAAAAAUAUUUUUAACAUCUAAAUUACUAAGAACAUAGAGUGCAAAAUGCCAGAUUUUAAAAUAUAAUUGAAGCUCUGAAUUUUUGUAAAACACAAAACAUAAAUACUUCCAGCAUUUUGGGUUGACCCUUGUAUGCCACAGCUCUGCUCUAUUUAUUAUUAUUUUGCAAAAUAACAAUCAUUGUAACAUUUGAUAAAGCAUAUUUAUGAACCUGUUUCUUAUUAAGAAAAACACCCAUUUUAUUACCAUUUUCUAUCUUUUUCAGAAUAUUCAAGUUUUUACCUAUAUGUCUUAUAAUAAAAUAAAUAAAAUCUUUGGGAAAAAAA